AUGAAGUUGAACAUGAUCACGCUGUCCUCAUGGCCGUCUAUCGUGAUCCGCGGAAUUGUGCUGUUAGGCGUGGCACAUAGGGCGUACACCCGCAAGACGCUUACACCUCUGGGUGUUGAAGUGGCGUUGAUGACCGGCUUCUUCCACUCAUUACCUCCCACCAACCUCUAUCUGACGCUCCUGGUGGUGUUCUACCUGACGUCUUCGAAGGCGACGAAGUACAAAGAGGAGAUCAAGUCGAAGAAGACCAAGACUCCAGGCUCAGAUCAUGAGGCAACUGAACUAACUCAGCGUACACACGUCCAAGUGCUUGCCAACUCAGCUGUCGCAACGACCUUGAUAAUCGUUUCACUAUUCGUCACUGAUCCUGUGCUAGACGACAUGCUCAAGGCUGGUGUGGUUGGCCAGUACUGUGCCGUCAUCGCUGAUACGUGGUCGUCGGAGCUGGGGAUUCUGUCGAAGUCCAGUCCCUUCCUUAUCACAACAUUCCAGAGAGUGCCACCAGGAACAAACGGUGGCGUCACGCUCUUUGGACUUAUUGCAGGGACCACUGGAUCAGCACUGAUCAGCUUUGUCUCGAUGUUCACUUUCAAGGAGAACAGGGUGGGAAAGUUUGUGUUCUUUACCCUCAUUGGCCUGCUAGGGACGUUGGUGGAUUCGAUGCUUGGUGCACUAUUCCAAAGGUCAGUGGUGGAUAAGGAUGAUGGCCUGGUUCUGGAACCCUUAGGUGGUGAACGAGUGGAUGAGGGUGUUCUCCAGGAGAUGGAGGGUCAUAUCCAGGUGGUGUCCGGUGAGGAUAUGUUCAGUAACAACGACGUUAACAUUGUCAUGUCUGUUUUUACAACAAUGUGGUGUAUUGGAUUGUACGCCCUUUUAUUCUAA